AUGAAACUAUUCAAUAUUACGAAAAUCGUGAUUAUUGCGACCUCCUUUAUUACCAUUAUAAAAUCAACGGAGCUCGAGAUCACCAGGGUAAGACCAAAAGGAAGGAAUGGAUGGACGCAAGGCAGAGAUUUCUUUAAAAUUCAACCAUCCUUGUCUACUCAGUACGGUGGGAACAACACGACUGUGAAUUGUGCAAAAUUCAAUGCUGACGAGAUUAGUCAUGGUGGCGACCAAUUUACUUGUUUAUGCUCCAACGAGAAUGGCACAUUAAUACUCGAAAACGAUGAAUGGAGAUGCCGACAAAAUUCUCACGUUCGUAAACUGCUAGGAUACACACGACAGAAUAACGUCCAUUUCGAGAACGAGGGCCAUGACGAUGCAUUACGCAUGCUCACGAAUAGUGAGUUCAGAAGAGUGAAAGUGUGGUGGUUUUGGUUUAAUUGCGGUGUGGACAAAUAUAAAUCUUGGUAUAUUGCAUGCAACGGUUCUGAGAUUCCAUUAAUGGGUGAUCUGCAGCUGUUUACCAUAGAGAGAAGAUACCAUCACAAUUUUCCUUAUUUUCUGAAGGUGAACAGUGGCUCAUCGAAUGCUGAUUUAUUGAACGGAAGAAUUAUCAAGCUUGGUAUUCAGUGCACUGAUAAUGCAAAAAAUCCCCUGAGCACAUUAAUGCUGCUGUUUAAGUACGAGGGCAAAGUGAAUUGUUCGUUAUCAACACCAACCUCUCAACCUAUGGUCUCAACCAAGUCUCUGCGAAACAUUUUCACUUCAAAAACAGCGGCUACAAAAACAACGUCAACAGCAAAGGCUAAAACUUUGAAAACGAAUACUAAAGCAACCACAACAUCAAAGUCAACAGUAACUACAACAGCAAUACCUAAAAAGGACACGAAAGCUAUACUAAAGGCUACUGUCUAUCCAAAUCCUAGCCGUGAGCAGAGAAUCGAUAAAAUUUCAUCAUCCAUUACCCUCAUCGCCGGUCUUAGUUCUUUAAUUUUGGUUAUUGUCUUCGUUAUCGUCAUAUUGGUUUACCGGCGUUUCUAUUCAGGCAUGAACCUCUGCGCGAAAAGCGAAACCGUCGAAAACAAGGAAACAGCUGUAGAGAACGGUGAAACAAGCUUAGCGUACGAGCCGGAAAUUGAUGAUGAAAACGUUUACAAAGAACUCGAGUUGAGAGAGCCAGCAGUCUAUCAAAUGCUAAUUCAGUGCAGAGCUGCACAACCAGCUGCCGAUGGUGAUUUUCGUGAAAACCAUGUGUACGAAUCUGUAGACAUUGUAAAGGAGCGAAACUUUUAUGGACCUAAGAGCAACCAGAAAACAGCCCAUAAUGCCUCAGGAGCUUCAAAUUAUUACGAUGCAACUGAUAUCAAGAGUUGGCCACAUGGUCCCUUUCGAAUAGACUAUUGCGACUAUAGUGUCAGGGAGGUGCAAUCCUCAGUCCCUUUCCAGGGAUCUGUCGAGGGACCUGAUGAUUAUCUUCAACCAGUGGACGAUGUGUCGGUGAAACCUUACUCAGAAGUUGCUAUAGGAAAUGUCAACUAUGGUUUUAUGUCAACGAAAGGGACAGUUGAUAACGAAUUAGAGGGAUCUGCCAAACUUCACGGUGUGCAAUCUGUGUACAACGUGUUAGAAGAACCGUAUGCUGAAAGUGCAGAAGAACGAAGUUAUUAUGGUCCUUUGUCUUUAGCUAUAGAUGAGCCCAUUUACAGCACUGUGGAAGAAUCUCAGCUUUAUGAUAUUCAAGUGAAAGAUAAUUCCGAAGGUACAUACGAGCCAAUCUACACUACUAUUGAAGAAGAGUCUCGUGAAGGAAAUAUAAACAACACACAAUAA